AUGUCCACGGAACCACUCGCAGUCACCGUUCAAGCACACGUGCUUACAAAGGUGACCACUUGCUUGCCAUCAGAACCACCAUCUCAGCCAACGCAGCCAUCGCACUUGGAGAAAUUGAACCUCGCAGAUCCUCAAUUUCUCGUCUCAAGACCGGUGGACAUCAUUCUCGGAGCGGACGCAUACGGGCAAGUCAUCAAGCCAAAUAUUAUUCGGAACAUGUCAUCACCGUUGAUCGCUCAACUCUCGAUUUUCGACGAGCAAGAGUGCGAAGAUCAUUUCAAGACCACGCAUUCAAGAGACUCCGCUGGAAGAUACAUUGUGCGAUUGCCGCUCAAAAUUCAUCCUCGAGCACUUGGCAAUUCUUAUCAGACCGCGCACAGUUGCCUUCAACGGACUCUCAGACGAUUCAGCAAGGACGCCCAGUACAAUCAGCUGUACACCAAGUUCAUGCUCGAGUAUGAGCAACUUGGUCAUAUGUUGGGCAGCACCACCACCGCAUUGCGUGUGGUUUUCAAUGGCUCCAGUCCAACUUCAUCAGGAUACUCGCUGAACGAUCUUCUACAUACUGGUCCAAAUCUGAUGCUGAAUAUCGCAGAUCUUCUCAUUUGGAUACGAAGAUACAAACAUCUGUUUGCAACUGACGUCACGAAGAUGUACCGACAAAUUAAGGUGCAUCCAGAUGACUGGAGCUUGCAGCAGAUACUCUGGCUUGAUGACACGCAGAAAGAAACGCAGUACCAGCUGACCACGGUCACGUACGGAACGAAAGCUGCACCGUACUUGGCUGUCCGAACACUCUUGCAACUCGCUGAUGACGAAGGGUCGAAAUAUCCCCUUGCCGUGGAACCCAUCAAAAAUGGCAGGUAUGUCGAUGACAUUUUUGGUGGCGCAGACACCGCAGAACAUCUACAGGACGUUGCAAAUCAGCUAACGCAGUUGUGUCAAGCGGGUGGAUUUCCACUCGCAAAAUGGCAUUCCACAAGCAAAUCGUUGCUAGAAGACCUCGCGCCAGAACAGACCAACGCAGCAAUUUCAUUCGACGACUGCGCAACCAAAAUUCUCGGAAUCAAAUGGAUUCCACAUCAGGACACGCUCAACUUUUCGACCAUAUCAGCCACGCAGCGCACGCAAUUUACAAAACGCCUCAUUCUCUCCGAAGUAGCUCAACUCUUUGAUCCACUCGGUUUUGUUGCACCUGUAAUUAUCAGAGCUAAAAUUCUUAUUCAAGAGCUUUGGUUACAGGAACUCAGUUGGGACGACAUUCUGCCACUUCACAUCACUCAACGAUGGUUAUGCAUCAGGGAAGAUUUAACCAGCUUGGCCAAGCUUUCCAUCCCUCGAUGGUUCAACACCACGACCACGUCUACAGUUGAACUUCAUGGCUUCGCUGAUGCAUCAGUCCUCGCGAUGGCAGCCGUCGUCUAUCUCGUCGUACACGCACCGUCCACGGGUACCCAAGCUUCUCUCGUCUGCUCGAAAACGCGAGUGACACCACUCAAACGUCUAACCAUCCCGAGACUACUCAGAAUCACCGCUCUUUGCCUCAAAUUCGUGGACAAGCUGUUCAAACGAAAGGACGCUUUGCCCACGCAUUCUAUCUCAGCAGCUGAUAUGGAAAGGGCCAGAAUCUACUGGAUUCAGGCCACGCAGUCCGCAUUCUUCAAAGACGAACUCGCUGCAUUCGCCAAGGGAACAACGCUUCCAACCACUCAUCCAUUCACGAGGCUCACCGCGUACCUCGACCAUCAGGGAAUCGCCAGGCUGUUCAUCUGGAAGUUGUCACCGAUUACUCAGCCGACGCGUUCAUCGCAGUAUAUCGCAGAUUCGCAGCAAGAAGAGGAACUGCAGCCUCUCUCUACUCAGAUUGCGGUACCAACUUCCAAGGAGCAGACGCACAAUUGA